CGUGGAUUAAAUGGCGAAUACAUUACAUCUGACAGGGAAUGCAUCGGAAUUGGAUAAGCUGAUCCAGAGCUUUGAAUUUGAAAACCAGCAAUAUGUGAAGCUGAUAGAAGCUGAGAAUCAACAGAUUAAUGCUUUGGAAAAAGAUUUACUGGAUAAAAAGGAUACCAUUACUAGACUGCAAGAGCAAAUAUCAAACUUUGACGAAGAAACAAAGAGGGCUCACAAACAAUUUACUAUUAAUAGAGAAAAUGUAGAAAAUUUGAAGAAAACAGCUGUUGUCUUAAAGGAGCAUGAGGAGGCCCUACAGAAGAAAAAUGUUGCCCUGUUUGAAUUAGGACAAAGUGAGAGUAAAGAGAGAUUCCAAAUCCUUGAGCAUUACAAGAACAUAUGGAGUGACUACGAGGCUAAAUACAAGAGCUUUCCUCUGGCUAAGACUUUGGACAGUCUUCAGGCAGAAAACGCACAACUGGAGGCACAGCUGAAACAAGAGCAAAACCAAUGUGGAAAACUACGGGAGAAACUGGCUGAUUUAAGUGAUGCAAGUUACCAUGACGUAGGAAGAUUUCAUUCAUUUGCUGUAACAAUAGCUGGAAUUAAACUGGAGACCAACAGUGUAUUGAAAGAAUAUGAAAAGGUUAUCUUGGACCUAUUAAAAGCACAGGAAGAAAAGCAGAAACAUCAAAUGACUCUGAAGCAUACCCACACUCAACCUGUGGCCAUAAUACACACAACACAGAGUAACCAGCAGCAAAAUCUGUCCACCAGUCCUCAACAAGAAAACUCUGCUGAUACACAUUCUGAUUCCAUGCUUAUAAGCGUAAUCAGACAGAGGGAGGAUGAUGAAUCAGAUGUCCCAAUGCAAGUAACGGACAACUCCCAAUCUACUCAAGAAUCUCACAAUGGAAUUCAAACAAUCCCUUGUGCUACUGGUUCAUCAGAAGCUAACCAACAAUACAGUCAUGAGGAACCAAUGCUUUGCAGCAGCUCAGGUGAAAAAAUACCAAAUAAAAAACCUUGUGGUCUACCUAGAGGAGAGGAGGUAAUGAUCUGUAAUAAACAGGUCCAAUUAGUCAAUGAACAGGGCGACAACAUCAAGACAGCGACUUGUUUUCCUUCCAAGCAGCCCCAAUUACAGAGAACCAUUCCAGCAAUAUCAAAGCCGGACAGAAGAGCCCCACCCCCACACAAUAGUCCAAUGAUGCCUAAAGCAUAUCUACCAUCACUAGCAGAAAUGAGGGCAAAAGUUGCAAUGCCAACUCCAAAGCCUAGUCCAAAACUUCAGACUGAAAGCAGUUCAAAGAAACAUCAGCUUCAUAUCCCAUCCUUAUCAAAACCAUCAAUAAGUCAAGCCGUCACAGUUCCAUCAAAUAAAGCUGGGAAACUAAUGUCCAGUCAAUGCUCAGAACAAAUCCGGAAGCCAAUUGCCAAAACUACAACAGUUGAAAAGUUACAGGCUUCCUUUGGUCAUCAAGGUGAAGAUACAAUCCAAUCAAAUCUAUGUUCCAGUGAAAUUGCCAAUGAUAAAAUGCCUCUCAAAGUCACUAAAAUCCUUACUGCCCAGUCUGAAAGGCCAAAGAUUUUAGAGUCUUGCAAAGAGCAAAGAAAUCCAAUUUCUACAUCAACAAAGAUUAGUCCUCAUAAAGUGGCUGCACCUGAAACUUCUCAAAGUGAAGAAAUUGAAAUGCAAGAGAUGGAACCAUCCAAGACAGCUACCACUCCUCAUAGACCGAUGUCAACCCUAGGGGAUGUUAGCAGUGCCAGUUCUACACCAGAAUCUUUGCAAGGAUCUACAGCAAGUAGUGGUGGAUUAAGUCCCUUUGAUAUGGCCAAACAUUCUGAGAGAAUUCAGAUGUUUCACAAGUCCCCAGGCCUUCCACCUGGUCUUUAUACUUCAAAGCCAAUGUUAAAUCCUACAUCAGUGACAAAUCCUAACUCAAAGAUUGCAAAUCCAGAGACUUCAUCUUUUGUACUGCAAGAAACAAAUGUAAAUCCAUUCAGUAUGAAUAAGUUCAACACAUACGAUGAAGGGAGCCCAAACCAGUGUUCAGGAUUCAACGAGUUUAACCUUGGCGGAGAAGGAUUCAGCUUUCAGAGCAAUACAACUGGAUCCCCUGGACCACAAGGAUUCAGUUUUGACAAUUCCACAGCAAAAUCUGCAGAAUCAAGAGGAUUCAGCUUUCCCAGCAAUACAACUGGAUCCCCUGACACACAAGGAUUCACCUUCGAUGAUUCCACAACAAAAUCUGCGGAACCGAGAGGAUUUAGCUUUGGAGAUUCGUUCCAGUUUGGAGGGGAAUCUGCUAAGGGAGAUAAAUGUGACAAUUUUUUGUCAGUGUUUGGAAAUGAAACAGGUGGUAGUCAAAUGGAAUCCAAAGAAACUAGUUUCUCUUUCUCCUUUGGUGGAUUUUAGUUCAUGUAAGAAGGAAAAACUUGUUCUUCAUUGUUAUCAAUUGUUAAUUUGUUGAUGUGUAUUUACAAUUUUAAUUUUUCCCAAUUUACUGCUGUUAUUAAACAAUUACAAAUUUUCACAA